AUGGGUGUUUUUCCCCUGAGCUCUGUCUCAGAUCUGGGGUUUCUUGCCUCCACUUCGGUUUCCUUUAGUAUUUUUCUGUUCUUCCUCAAGUUAACCCUACCCUGUGAGACCCUUUAUCUCCCAUCUAUCCAUCUCCUUUCUUCCCCAGCCACCUUCACUUUUCACCCUCCACUUCUUACAUCCGCACUCUCCUCAUCUCUUCUAUGUAGUGAUGCCGUUCAUACAUGGCCAGCAAUUUCAUCUGGGCGCCAGUUCUCAGCUACCACCGUUUGCCUCUCAGUUCCUCAUCCACCGCUCCCGUUGUUCUUCCUCGGUGGUGUGUGGUGGUUCGUGGCUGCGAUUAAAGUGCAUCAUGCACUUAACACUUGGAUUAUGGGAGCGCUUCCGCGCGGGUGGCCUGCUCACCCCCAUCUUCCAUCUGUUCCUGGUGGUGUUGUCGGCAUGCUAUGUGUGGCUGCUCCUGUGUUCUAG